ACUAUCACAUCCAUCACAAUUUGUCUGUUACCCUCACUGCCAUCACCAUGCUGGCCUCAGGGUUGCUUGUGGUGGCUUUGCUAGCCUGCCUGAGUGCAAUGAUUCUAAUAUCUGUCUGGCGACAGAGGAAGCUCUGGGGAAAGCUGCCUCCUGGACCCACUCCACUGCCUUUCAUUGGGAACUACCUGCAGCUGAACACGGAGCAGAUGUACAAUUCCCUCAUGAAGAUCAGUGAGUGCUAUGGCCCUGUGUUCACCAUCUACCUGGGACCUCGCCGGAUCGUGGUGCUAUGUGGACAAGAUGCAGUAAAGGAGGCUCUGGUGGACCAGGCUGAGGAAUUCAGUGGGCGAGGCGAGCAGGCCACCUUUGAUUGGCUCUUCAAAGGUUAUGGAGUUGCGUUCAGCAACGGAGAGCGUGCCAAGCAACUCAGGCGCUUCUCCAUUACCACGUUGCGAGACUUUGGCGUGGGCAAGCGCGGCAUCGAGGAGCGUAUCCAGGAGGAGGCGGGCUUCCUAAUCCAAGCUUUCCGGGACACUCGUGGCGCAGUCAUUGACCCCACCUUCUACCUGAGCCGAACAGUCUCCAAUGUAAUUAGCUCCAUCGUCUUCGGGGACCGUUUUGAGUAUGAGGACAAAGAGUUCCUAUCACUGUUGCGUAUGAUGCUGGGAAGCUUCCAGUUCACAGCCACCUCCACCGGACAGCUCUAUGAGAUGUUCUCUUCAGUCAUGAAGCACCUGCCAGGACCACAGCAACAGGCCUUUAAAGAGCUUCAGGGUCUUGAGGACUUCAUAACCAAGAAAGUGGAGCAGAACCAACGCACCCUGGACCCCAAUUCCCCAAGGGACUUCAUCGAUUCCUUUCUUAUCCGCAUGCAAGAGGAGGAGAGGAACCCCAACACAGAGUUCUAUAUGAAGAACUUGGUAUUGACCACACUAAACCUCUUCUUUGCGGGCACAGAGACUGUUAGCACAACCCUGCGCUAUGGUUUCCUGCUGCUCAUGAAGCACCCAGAUGUGGAGGCCAAGAUCCAUGAGGAGAUCGACCGAGUGAUUGGCAAGAACCGUCAGCCCAAGUUUGAAGACCGAGCCAAGAUGCCCUACACAGAAGCAGUGAUCCAUGAGAUCCAAAGAUUUGGAGACAUGAUCCCCAUGGGCUUGGCUCGCAGGGUCACCAAGGACACCAAGUUUCGAGACUUCCUCAUUCCCAAGGGCACUGAAGUGUUCCCUAUGCUGGGCUCUGUGCUGAGAGACCCCAAGUUCUUCUCCAACCCCCAAGACUUCUACCCCCAGCACUUCCUGGAUGAGAAAGGGCAGUUUAAGAAGAGUGAUGCUUUUGUGCCCUUUUCCAUCGGAAAGCGGUACUGUUUUGGAGAAGGCCUGGCUAGAAUGGAGCUCUUCCUUUUCCUUACCACCAUCAUGCAGAACUUCCGCUUCAAGUCCCCACAGGCACCCAAGGAAAUCGACGUGUCCCCAAAACACGUGGGCUUUGCCACCAUCCCACCAAACUACACCAUGAGCUUUCUGCUCCGCUAAGUCAGGGCGAGUAGGCCGAGACAGGAAAGGGAGGGGGUAGGAUGGGGCUAGUGGGAGUGGCUAGUGGGUAGGAUGUGUCUGAGAGAAAUAAAGGGGAGUGAUGGGCAGGCAAGAGCGACAAGAAACAACAGACAGCUCAUCUUGCUGAAGAUAGAUCCUUCAAAGCUGAGAUGUACAAAGAGAACCCUUAUCCUGAGCUGUAAUAAUAAUAACAGCUAUUGUUUAUUGAGCAAAUAUUCUGUCAGCUCUGUGCUGAAAGUAUAACAUGAUCUCAUGCUCACAAACUCACGCAAAGGGGUAAAGUGUUCAUGUCUGUUUUACAGGUGACAAAGCUGAGUUUUAGAAAGUUUAAACUGUCGAGGUCUCACAGAACAGAAGUGCCUUAAAAAAAUUGAAUACAGGUCUGUGCCCAUUGUAUUAGGGGCAGAAUUUUAAUGUUGCCCUUUUAAAGUCCAGCAUGGUGGUGCACUUCUGUAAUCCCAGCAUCCUGAGAGUCUUAGGCAGGAGCAAUCUGAACCCAACCUGAGCAAGUUGGUCACUUGGCAAGACCUUGUGUUUUUAAAGGAGGAAGAGGGCUGAGAGUGUAGCUGGGUCAAAAGGUCCUCGUUCAGGCCCCCGUACUACAAGAAAAAUAGUCGCCUUUUAAACAAAUAAAAUAAGAGCUUAGUAUGCGAUCACACAA